GUAUUAGUACCUUAAUGACAUAUUUUCCUGUUCCAAGCUUGACCAGGUCAUCAGUUGUCAAUGAACAACCAUCUAAAGCAAUAUACUUCACCGAUGACUGAGAAAAGGACAYUUCAGUUAUGUGUUGACYAUGAGAAACGUGGGCUCUGGGUUCAAGAUUACAAACAAGCUGGUCAAGUUCAUUCAGGACUCAAAAUGUCGUCUUUAAAGGAUGUUUGUGCUGGAUUACCGGUGGAUCCCUUACCACAACCAAGGGAAAGAGAUAAUUCAGUCCCUCAUGCUCCAGUCAGGGCAACUCAUUUAUCAGAAGAUGAAGAAUUGCUGGCUCUUCAAAAUGCACUGCGAUACUUUCCCCCAGAAAGACAUGAAACUUUGGCUCCUGAGUUUGCACAGGAGCUGAGAGAUUAUGGCCAUAUUUAUAUGUAUCGGUUCCGACCAGACAUUCACAUGAGGGCCUAUCCUAUUGAUGAAUAUCCUGCCAAUACUCGGCAAGCAGCYGCCAUUAUGCACAUGAUCAUGAACAACCUUGACCAAAGAGUGGCUCAGUACCCUCAUGAGCUGGUCACGUAUGGAGGAAAUGGCCAGGUAUUCAGUAACUGGGCCCAGUUUUGGAUAGUAAUGAAUUAUCUAUCUGAGAUGACAGAAGAACAGACACUGGUGAUGAACUCUGGGCACCCUCUUGGUCUGUUCCCAAGUUCACCAAGCUCACCAAGAGUUGUUGUUAGUAAUGGGAUGAUGGUUCCCAACUACUCUACCCGUGAGAUGUAUGACAGACUGUUUGCCCUUGGUGUGACRAUGUAUGGUCAAAUGACAGCUGGUAGCUAUUGUUAUAUCGGACCCCAAGGAAUUGUCCAUGGAACAACCAUUGUUGUCAUGAAUGCUGGAAGAAAGUACUUGAAGGUGGAAGAUUUGAAGGGAAAGGUGUUUGUGACGUCAGGGCUUGGAGGAAUGAGUGGGGCACAACCAAAAGCUGCUGUCAUYUCAGGAUGUAUUGGUGUCAUUGCCGAGGUUGAUGACGCAGCAUUAAAAAAGCGAUACGACCAGGGGUGGCUUCUGGAGUACACAUCAGAUCUUGAUACCUGCAUCGAGAGCAUCAGACGUGCUCGACGUGAAAUGAAACCAACGAGUCUGGGAUACCUCGGAAAUGUAGUGGAUUUGUGGGAAAAACUUGCUGAUGAAUAUGACAGGACGGGGGAUCUUCUUGUUGACUUUGGGUCGGAUCAGACCUCCCUUCAUAACCCGUACAAUGGUGGUUACUAUCCCUGUCAGGUGUCGUUCGAGGAAGCAAAAGAAAUCAUGAAACACGAUCCUGAAAGAUUCAAAUCCCUUGUCCAAGAAAGCCUUCGCCGACAAGUGGCUGCAAUCAAUAAGCUAUCGAGUCGUGGGAUGUGUUUCUGGGAUUAUGGCAAUGCUUUCCUCCUGGAAGCGAGUCGAGCCGGUGCACCAGUUAACAAGGAGGGAUGCCUUCCUGGUACGUUUGUUUAUCCUUCAUAUGUACAAGAUAUCAUGGGGGAUAUAUUUUCAUUGGGUUUUGGUCCAUUCAGAUGGGUGUGUACAUCAGGUCUUGCUGCUGAUCUUCAAACUACUGAUGAGAUAGCAAAAGAAGUUUUGGAGGAAAUUAUAAGCCAAAGAGUGCCAYUGGAAGUCAAGCAGCAGUAUGAAGAUAACAUACGGUGGAUCAAAGAAGCCCAAGAACAUCACCUAGUCGUUGGUUCCCAAGCUCGUAUCCUUUACUCAGACAGGCGUGGUCGCGUGGCCAUUGCGCAAGCCUUCAAUAAGGCUAUCGCUGAGAAAAGAAUUAGGGACUGUAUUGUCAUCAGUCGAGAUCACCAUGACGUCAGUGGUGCGGACAGCCCAUAUCGUGAGACAUCAAACGUCUAUGAUGGAUCUAGUCUUACUGCAGAUAUGGCGAUUCAGAACGCUAUCGGAGACUCUUUCCGUGGUGCAACAUGGGUAGCGAUACACAAUGGUGGAGGUGUUGGAUGGGGUGAAUCAACGAAUGGUGGCUUUGGUCUUGUCUUGGAUGGUUCACCUGAAAUGUCUGAACGUGCUAAACUACUUCUGUCAUGGGAUGUGUCUAAUGGGGUGGCUCGAAGGUGCUGGACAGGAAAUGAAAAUGCAGAGCAUGCAAUAUGUCGAGCAAUGGAAGAAAACCCUAAACUCAAAGUUACAAAGCCACAUCARGUCAAAGAUGUCACUUUACUGAAGCGUGCCUUCAAACCUUGAAACAACUGUCAACUGUAUCACUGGUUUAGUAUCAACCUGGGAUUUUCUUAUGUAGUAUGCAUGCUGCCUGGAACAGUACAUGGAUCUUUGCCUCAGUUUGUUUCGCAUUGAAGUUCUUCAGUACAACACUGUUUACCAAAGAUAUACACCGAAUUGAAAUAUG